GCCAGAAGAGGAGGAAGUCCAAGGAAAGAUGGCUGGCAGUCACCCCUACUUCAACCUGCCUGACUUCACCCAGCCAUCGCCACCCUCCACUCCGUCCUCCACUCCGCCCAGCCUCCCCUCACACCAGUGCUGCUGGCCCUCUGAUACCACCAAGGGCCUGCUCAUAGCCCUGCUGGGUGGGGGCCUGGUUGCUGGCUUUGUGGGUCCCUUCUCCCGUAUGGCUUACCAGGCUUCCCACUUGCCCUCACUGGAGUUGCUCAUCUGCCGAUGUUUCUUCCAUCUUCCCAUUGCCCUGCUACUUAAACUGCGUGGCGACCCACUUCUGGGACCUCCUGAUGUCCGAGGCCGGACCUGCCUCCAUGCCCUGCUCAACGUCUUCAGCAUUGCAUGUUCCUACAGUGCAGUUCAGGUGGUGCCUGCUGGCAAUGCUGCUACUGUUCGCAAAGCCUCUUCGACCGUCUGCUCUGCUAUCCUUGCCCUCUGCCUCGAGAGCCAGAGUCUCAGUGGCUACGACUGGUGUGGACUGCUGGGCAGCACCCUGGGACUAAUCAUCAUUGUGGGACCUGGACUAGGGACACUGCAGGAGGGAACCACGGGCCUUUACACCACCCUGGGCUAUGUGCUAGCUUUCCUGGGAGGCCUGGCACUUUCCCUGGAGCUGCAGGUCUACCGUUCCCUGAAUUUCCCCUCCUGCCUACCAACAGUGACCUUUCUAUUUGGCUUGUUGGGGCUGUUGGGCUCUGUGCCAGGCCUCUUUAUAUUGCAGACCCCUGUGCUGCCCAGAGACCCUCUGAGUUGGAUUUGUGUGGCAGCAGUGGGGAUCCUAGCCUUGAUCUCCUUUGCGUGUGUGAGUUAUGCAGUCACCAAGGCCCACCCUGCCCUGGUGUGUGCCGUCCUGCACUCUGAAGUGGUGGUGGCCUUGAUGUUGCAGUAUUAUGUGCUCAAUGAGACGGUGGCACCUUAUGACAUCAUGGGGGCAGGGGUUGUGUUGAGCAGCAUUGCCAUCAUCACAGCUCAGAAUCUCAGCUGCGAGAGGGAAGGGCAGGUGGAGGAGUGA